AAUUGCCCGCACAGAAUCUCUCACAAACCCCAGAAGCCUCCUCUCGAGGGUUAAGCUAAGCACCUGUAAGACCUCCCCGCUUCUGGUUAUCGUCACCAACAAAUAAUCAAAGUAAAAAUGGUGAGUCAAAGACAGAGAUUAGCAAGCAAGAAAUUCAGAGCAGAGAAUCCCCACUUGUUUCCAAAGCCAGAACCAACGCCACCAAAGGAUCCCAACAAAAAGAAGAAGAAAAACAAGACUAGUUUCAAGCGAAAAAAGUCAGAAUCUAAAGGCCCAAAUGACCCCAAUAAAAAGAGAUUUUCAAAACACCCAUUAAGAGUUCCGGGCAUGAAGCCUGGUGAAAGCUGUUUUAUUUGCAAAGCUAAGGAUCAUAUUGCUAAGUUUUGCCCUGAAAAAGAUGAGUGGGAACGGAAUAAGAUAUGCUUGCUUUGUCGGCGGCGAGGGCAUAGUCUCAAGCGUUGCCCUAAGAAGAAGGAUGAGAAUGUAGACAAGAAAUUGUGUUAUAAUUGUGGGGAAACGGGGCAUUCUCUAUCGAAUUGUCCUCAGCCUCUUAAAAAUGGGGGAACUAAAUAUGCCAGUUGCUUCAUCUGUAAUGAAAGUGGACAUCUGAGUAAGGACUGUCCAGAAAAUCCUCACGGGAUUUACCCGAAGGGUGGUUGCUGUAAAAUAUGUGGUGGUGUGACACAUUUAGCAAGAGAUUGUCCUGAAAAGGGUAAGAGAAACUUUUUCGGGACUGAAGAAUGGAAUACACCGAAAGCGAACGCAGCGUCAGGGAUGGCUGUGGAAGAUGAGUGCAAGCUCAAGUUUUUGGAACUAAAAACAAAGAGGAACUACCGAUUUAUCGUUUUCAAGAUUGAAGAUCAGCAAGUUGUUGUAGAGAAAUCUGGAGGUCCUGAUGAGACUUACGAUGAUUUCACUGCUUCUUUGCCCGCUGAUGAAUGUCGCUAUGCUGUCUUUGAUUUUGAUUUCACAACUAAUGAGAAUUGUCAGAAAAGCAAAAUCAUCUUUAUUGCAUGGUCACCUGAUACAUCAAGAGUGAGAAUGAAGAUGGUGUAUGCAAGCUCCAAAGACAGAUUUAAGAGAGAACUUGAUGGAAUUCAGGUUGAAUUGCAAGCAACAGAUCCUAGCGAAAUGAGCCUUGAUAUUGUUAAAGCGCGAGCAUUUUAACAUUUUUGUGACAUUCAUAUUCAUUAUAUUUUAUAGCUCUUCUGUGUAAUUUAUACUCUUCUGCCAUGUUUAAUGCCUUUUGAUCUAUCCUCUCAAUCUGUAAUUCAAUUGUACUACUAAUUCAUCUAGAUGAAUACUUUUACACUUUAA